AUGCCUUUCUAUAACACGUAUCCCGGCUUUCUUUAUCGCCAGUUCCUGGUCUGCCCUUCCAAGGCCCCGUCCACCACCUCUCUUCGCGGCAAAGCCGGUCUGGCGACAGGCUCCAACACUGGGCUGGGCUAUCAGGCCUCCGCUCAAUUGCUCGCGCUCGGACUGUCCCAUCUAAUUCUGGCCGUCCGCAGCGCCUCCAAGGGUGAAGCUGCCCGGAAAUCCCUUCUCGCCUCGCUUCCCGCUUCUCCUAAACCUCCCGUGGUCGAGGUCUGGGAGUUAGAUCUAGGCAGUUACGCCAGUGUGAUGGCCUUUGUGGAGCGCCUGAAGCAGUCCGACAUUCAGAUCGACUUUGCUCUUCUCAACGCCGGUGUUGCCAACUUCCACUACACCGUGAACCAAUCUACGUCCCAUGAGACGAGUAUUCAGAUCAACUGGCUGAGCACUGCUCUACUUACUUUGCUGUUGCUGCCCGUUCUCGAUAGCCAGGCCUCCCAGAAUCUUAACCGGGCUCGUCCGGUGAUUUCUAUUGUCGGCAGUGAAACCGCUGCCUGGGCCAAAUUCAAGGAAGCCCAUGUCUCUACCAAGCAGGGAAUCCCACUAAUCGACGUGUUGGACGACCCGAGCCACUUCAACAUGGGCGAUCGAUACUAUACCUCGAAGCUGCUGUACCAGCUCUUCUUCCUCGAGCUGUUCAAGCACCGAUCCAGCGCCAAACGCUCCACGGGCGCCAUUCUCAACCUGGUCAAUCCCGGUUUCUGCUAUGGCUCCGAGCUGCACCGCACGGCCGAGGGGGCCUUUGGAAAGGUCCUCAGCGGCAUGAAAAGAGUGAUUGGUCGAUCGGUCUCUAUGGGAGCCCGUACCCUGGUUCACUCAUCAGUGUUGGCCGGCGACCCCUCCAAUGCCAGUGUUUGA